AUGCAUGCGCUCAUAGUCGAGCUAAGGGGAUCCUCCUCUCUGCUUAAGUCUCCAGUCUGUCGGGCAUUUCGCUGUUGCAUCCAAAGAUUCCAAAGCCGCACGUCAAGCGAAACUCUCUCACACACACACACUCCCCUCCCCUAG